CAACAACAGACUGGUAGAACAUCCUGAGGAGCUUGCUGCACACAUUGAAGGACCGCAACCUCCUCUGGAAUUUUACAGUAACAACUGAAAUUGAUCAACACCAUGGCUUCAUUUGAUGAUAAUACCAUUCAGACAGCAGCCCUGGGUAGACCAUUCCAGCUCGGGAUGCUGUACGACAGCCGGAAGGACACUCUUAUUCCCGGUAUAACCUUAUGGGAUCAAGUGGAGUUACAGAGGAACAGAAGUGUGAAAAAACAAAAUAAUACUGAAUUUAAUGUCACAACAUCAGAUUCAAUUGAGGAGAAGUCGGAUUCAUUGAAGAUCUCUGGCUCUCUGAAACUAAGUCUCUUAGGAGGACUGGUGGAUGUGGGAGGAUCAGCUAAAUAUUUCCAAGACACAAAGAAAUCUCACAAACAAGCCCGUGUGACUCUUCAGUACAAAACAACAACAAAAUUUGAAACAUUAACAAUGGCUCACCUGGGUUGUGGACAGGUGUCUCAUCCUAACGUGUUUGAAGAUGACACUGCCACUCAUGUCGUCACAGCCAUCUUGUACGGAGCUGGUGCCUACUUUGUGUUUGACAGAGAAUCAUCUUCAGAGGAUAAGAAGGAACAAGUGGAGGGGGAGGCUAAACUCACCUUCAGUAAACUGAAAUUCCUCACAGUAGAUGCUGAGGCAUCUUUAAGCAUGGAUAAUACUGAAAAGACAGCAGUUGAGAAAUUUAGCUGCACAUUUCAUGGAGACUUCAAUUUACCCACCAACCCAACAUCCUUCAGUGAUGCUGUGAAAGUUUACAUAGACCUUCCAAACAUGCUCGGAUGGAAAGGAGAAUAUGCUGUUCCACUCACGGUGUGGCUGUACCCUCUGUGCAAGUUGGAUUCAAGAGCUGCAAGACUGAAAAUAGACAUCAGUAAUGACCUCAUCAAAUACUCAUCAGAAAUAAUAGAGGGUUUAACCACAGCAGAGAUGAGAUGUAGAGACAUACUGAAAGACACUGCAGCAGCAACAUUUCCUGCUAUGAAAGAGAAGGUUCAGACUUUGAUAUAUAAUUGCCGUCAGUACAAGCUUGACUUCAUGCAGAAGCUCGGGUCAGUGCUUCCUUCUAUCCGAGGGGGUGGGAAAGAGGAAAGUGCCCUUUUAGACGUGCUGAAGGCACAUAAGAGUUCUCCAUUCAACAGCAAAGAUCUGGAUAAGUGGCUCACAAGCAAGGAGAAGGAAUCUGAUACACUUCAGUCUUACCUCAAGCAACUGGACAAUCUGGAUGCAAAAAUGGACAACAAUUUGGAUGACCUUUUGUUUGCAUAAAAAAAUGUUGUGUGUUUUUCAUUCACCUCUAUUGACCACACUGAUCAUUUUCUUGUGAACCUGUCCAAUUAUCUUAAACCAUCAGGAGUGAUGGAUUCUCCCACAGAAUCCACUGAUCUACAGGCUAGAAACACAGAUUGGCUCUCCACUGAUACUAAAACAAGGAUGAGGACACAAUUUAAACUGUUUCAAGAACUGAAGGGGAUGAACAACAGUGAUGACACCAAAUUCAUAGUUGUUUCAAAAUACGACAAGAGUCAUCCUGGGGCAUGUAUUUUCAUAUAUGAAGAUGGAAAUGAUAAUGCAAUCCUCUUUGUUCCUCCAUCAAAACCUGACACUCCAAUCAAAACCACUACUGGUGUUUCACAUGACAGAGUAACAGUUCAGGUGUCUGACCCAGACUCUGCCACUGUAGAGUACCGAGUAGAAUACAGAGAGAAACAGAAUGAGGAGACUGAAUGGAAAUCCCACCCAGUGCGGAAGAACCAAGAGCCAGUAACUCUGUCAGGACUGAAGCCAGAGACUGAGUAUGAGAUCAGAGCCACAGCUGUGGGUAAACUCAGCUAUGCUGUCAGCAGUGAUGUUUGCAGAGCUGUGACCCUCAAAGCAGUCGGUCCACCAACUGAGGUAAAGGUGACUGAAGUGAAAGCAAACUCUAUCACCCUGACAUGGAGCUCCCCAUCUGUCCAACAUUAUGAAUCAGUAGAGCAGUACAUCAUUGAGUUCAGGAAGGAGAGCAGCAAUCAGUGGCAGACCAAGAGCACUGGGAAGGAGGUUUACACAUUCACUCUGAAAAACCUUAAAGAGAACACAACCUACUCCAUCAGGAUAUGCACAGGUGCUGGUGUCGGAGUGAGUAAACCUGGUGAAGAAUUGCAGAUUAAAACUAAAAAAAUACCAUUGAAGAAGAAGUUCAUUUUGUUGUCAGGUGAUCCACCAGUCUACAAACUGAAACCAACAGGAGUUUGUAAUCUCAACCAAAUGGUUUUUGGAAAAGUACCAGCCAAAAACCCAUCAAACAAAACCAUCAUGGUUGUUGGAGCUACUGGAUCUGGCAAGACCACCCUCAUCAACGGCAUGAUCAACUACAUACUUGGAGUCGAGUGGGAAGACAACUGGAGAUUUAAACUAAUACAUGAAGAAACAAACCAAACACAGGCAUGCAGUCAGACCUCUGAGGUGACAGCCUAUCAGAUUCACCAUACAGAUGAAUUCAAAGUUCCAUAUUCUCUCACCAUCAUUGACACUCCAGGGUUUGGGGACACCAGAGGAAUCAAACAAGACAAAGAAAUCACAGAUAAAAUAAGAAUUUUUUCUCAGUCAAGGGUGGAAUUGAUAGCAUUGAUGCAGUGUGUUUUGUAG